GGUUUUGUCUGUAGGUGUGUGAGGGUCUCACUGAGGUAGCCGCUGAAGCCCAGAGUCCUUUAAGGACCGGCCUGGGGGCGAAGGCUCACUUCUUGGCGGCCAGAUGGCCCCUCGACAGGCCUGCACUAGCCCCUGAUCACCUGCAGAAGGCGCUGCAGACCCAUCUGGGGCGAAGGGAGCCCUCCGGCCGGGAGGCCCGCCUGAGGCCACCGCAGCUUCUGGGAAGGGCUUCCCAAGAGAAGCUCCGGAGUAGGAGCCGGAGGGGUUGGAAGGAGGAGGUGAGGAGAGCAGAAAAGGAAGAGCGAAUGAGGAGAAGGGAAUGACAGAAGGGACCGCUUGAGAGAGAGAGAGAGAAUGAGAGGGAGGGAGGGAGAGAGAGAGAGAGAGAGAGAGAGAGAGAGAGGACUCCACCGCCGGUUACGUGCCAGAACCUCAGGGUCCUCAUGUGCAGGAUGGCAGCGACCACGUACCGUGUGCCGUGUACAUGCUGCAGCUACGGCUCACAGGACUUGUGACAAUCGGGGAGUAUGCUGAGGGCGUCAGUGAGCGAGACAUCCUGCUCAUUCACUCCUGCCGCCAGUGGACAACAGUAACAGCCCACACCCUGGAGGAGGGCCACUAUGUCAUCGGGCCCAAGAUUGACAUCCCCCUGCAGUACCCAGGGAAGUUCAAGCUCCUGGAGCAGGCCCGGGAUGUGCGGGAGCCAGUGAGGUACUUCAGCAGCGUGGAGGAGGUGGCCAGCGUCUUCCCUGACCGCAUCUUUGUGAUGGAAGCCAUCACCUUCAGUGUCAAGGUGGUGUCGGGCGAGUUCAGCGAGGACAGCGAAGUGUACAACUUUACGCUGCACGCGGGCGACGAGCUCACUCUCAUGGGCCAGGCGGAGAUCCUGUGCGCCAAGACCUCCAAGGAGCGCUCGCGCUUCACCACCCUGCUGCGCAAGCUGGGCCGAGCCGGGGCGCUGGCCGGGGUGGGCGGCGGCGGCCCGGGGGGCGCGGGGGCCGCGGGCGGCGGCGGGGGCGCCAGGCCCAUCAAAGGGAAGAUGCCCUGCCUCAUCUGCAUGAAUCACCGCACCAACGAGAGUCUGAGCCUGCCCUUCCAGUGCCAGGGCCGCUUCAGCACGCGCAGCCCCCUGGAACUGCAGAUGCAGGAGGGCGAGCACACGGUGCGCGCCAUCAUCGAGCGCGUGCGGCUCCCGGUGAACGUGCUGGUGCCCAGCCGGCCGCCGCGCAACCCCUACGACCUGCACCCGGUGCGGGAGGGCCACUGCUACAAGCUGGUCAGCAUCAUCUCCAAGACGGUGGUGCUGGGGCUGGCGCUGCGCCGCGAGGGCCCGGCGCCGCUGCACUUCCUGCUGCUGACCGACACGCCGCGCUUCGCGCUGCCGCAGGGCCUGCUGGCCGGGGACCCGCGCGUCGAGCGCCUGGUGCGCGACAGCGCCUCCUACUGCCGCGAGCGCUUCGACCCCGACGAGUACUCCACGGCCGUGCGUGAGGCGCCCGCCGAGCUGGCCGACGACUGCGCGCCCCCGCGCCGCGCGCGCCUCUGCCUGCCCGCGCCCCCGCGCGCCCCCGCGCCCGCCCGCGUGCCCGGCUCCUCCGGCGACGGCGAGCAGGAGUACGUGAGCCCCGACUGGGCCGGCGCGCCCGAGCCCGCCGCGCCGCCCGCCGAGAUCCCCUACGAGGAGCUGUGGACGCACCAGGCGCCCGAGGGCCUCGCCGAGGGCAGCGUCCGGCCGCCCCCGGGGCCCGACCUCAUCUCCUUCGGGGCCGCCGGGCCGCCCCGCCUGGAGCGCGAGGCGCCGCCUCCUCCCGUGCCUCCCAAAUCCGAGGCGGUGAAGGAGGAGUGCCGCCUGCUCAAUGCCCCUCCUGUGCCUCCCCGGGGUGGCAAUGGCAGCGGCUGGCUCUCGGGCAGCCCCCCGGUGCCCCCGCGCUUCCCUAAGCUGCAGCCUGUCCACUCUCCCAGCUCCAGCCUCUCCUACUACUCCUCUGGCCUCCAGGAUGGGGCAGGUUCGCGCAGUGGCAGUGGCUCUCCGUCACCAGAUGCCUACUCCCUCUAUUGCUACCCAUGCACCUGGGCAGACUGCAAGGUGGGCGAGUCUUCCAGCCGCCCACCCCCGGGACCCUUGCCCUCAACCACACAGCCAAGCCAGGCCUCCCGGGCCCUCGCAGAGCCCCUGAGCAGUCGAGCUGCCUCCCUCUUGGGGGCUGACACCCCUGUCAAGGCCUACCACAGCUGCCCACCUCUGUUCAAGCCCUCUCACCCCCAGAAACGCUUUGCUCCGUUUGGAGCUCUCAAUCCCUUUUCCGGGCCUGCCUACCCCUCAGGCCCUUCAGCGGCUUCCUCUUCUGGGCCCACAGCCACCUCGGGUCCCCUGACUACCUCCAGCCCUGCUUAUUCCCCAGGCCCAGGCUCGCCAGGCCAGGCCUAUUCAGCUGCUCCCACCUCUUCCUGCCCCACCUCCUCCUCCUCUUCCUCUGAGUGGCAGGAAGCAGCCCCGGAGCCCUUCGAUCCCUUUGAGCUGGGGCAGGGCAGCUCCCCGGAGCCUGAGCUGCUGCGCUGUCAGGAGCCCAGAGCUAUGGGGGCAUCCGGGCCUGGACCCUGCCUUUCGCCACUUGGACCCUCCAAGGCCUUUGAGCCCGAAGGUUUGGUGCUGCGGCAGGUUCCUGCCCCACUGUCACCAGUGGCCCUGCAGGGGCCCGAGGCAGGCGGAGCACGACUCCUUCUCACCCAAGGGCGCCUAGAAGGGCCUCCUGCCAGUCCCCGGGAUGGGGCGACAGGCUGGGGAGGCCGGGAUGCCUCCCCCUGGCAGCCCCCUGCUGACCUGUCUGCGCUCUCCCUGGAGGAGGUCUCUCGAAGUCUGCGUUUCAUUGGGCUCUCAGAGGAUGUGGUGAGCUUCUUUGCCCGAGAACGCAUCGAUGGCAGCAUCUUCGUGCAGCUCAGUGAGGACAUCUUGGCAGACGACUUCCACCUCACCAAGCUGCAGGUCAAGAAGAUCAUGCAGUUCAUCAAAGGCUGGCGGCCCAAGGUCUGACCUUCCCAGCUUGUAGCUGCACAACUGGAAUGCUGGCACAGAGGCCCUGGGGGCCAGCCCUGGCUCUGCAGGGGGACAGCACCCCCAGAGGAGGGUCCUGCCUGUGGGGAGAAUCUAUGCCAAGACUGAGGCUGCUAGGCAGCCACUCAGAGUGAGUCCAAGGGAGACACACUUGGAAAUGGAGUCCUCUGGGGCCGGAUGCCUGCAUGGGGACGUCUUGCCUUUGAGUGUGUAGAGGACGUGGAGAGGGGGCUGGAGGCACCAGCGCCACCCUGGCCUGGUGACACGUUGCUGCGAUUCCCAUGAGGGGAGUCAAAAGACCUGACACCUUCCCGUGCCCUGCUACAGAGCUUCACAGACAUCUUGCACUUCUCAAGCAUGUAGGUUCAGGUUAAAGGGAAGGAGGUGGCCCGUAAUUUAAGCACAAAUUCCUAAGUGCCCUCUCUCCUCUGUGCUAUGUGGGCUUUUGGCUAAGCUGCCCCAGAGUCGGUGUGCCGAUUUCCCUGUCUCUGGGAUGCCCUUCCUUCCCCCGCUCUGCUCCACCACAAAUGAGGUCCCUGGCCCUGAGCACGGGUGUAUCAUUUACAUGCCUUGCCACUGCACCUCAGAGGCACCUCUGGGUUCUGGCUCGUGGGUGACGACUUUGGAAGAGCUCUGCUGUUGACCUGCUUGCCUGGUUAGGGAGGCAGAUGCCCCCUGGCGUCUCUAAUGCCCUGGCCCUGCCCUGAGCUCCCUGCAGCUAGCCCUCCAUCCUGCCGGCUUGGGUCCUGUCUGCGAAGACUGUCUGUGGAAGAGCAGGUAGAUUGAGGUCCUUCAUUCAGAGGCAAGUGGCCUUCAAUCACUGCCACUUCCACCGGUCUCCCACCCCCAUCACUUGACUCCGGCCAACACUGGGUGUGUCCUUCUCUGGUUUUCUGUCACUGGCGCAGGUGGGACGGGUGAGAAAGCAAGCACAGUAGCUUGGGAAAACCUGCCUUUUCCACCUCCUCCUAGAGCUCAGUCCUCCUGUGCUUGUUCACUGUUUCCACUCAGGUCUGUGUGGCCUAGAUCUUGAGCCUGGAGAUCUGCUUGGCACCAACCAGAGCAGGCUGGCCAAUGUAUACAACCACCCAUCCCCCGGUGCUGUUCCCUACUCACCCACCCAGAGCCACACUGAUUCUUCUGCUUGUGCCCACUGGCAUCAGGCCUGAGGCACCAGCCUUCUCUCCUGCCUUACCUAGCCUACCUAGAUAUUUAUUUUCUCCAUUCUUCUGUCUUGAGUAGCGAAGCCAUGCUGGAGCUCAUGCCCCAGGCAGGCUGCCUCUGCUCUGAGGGAAGGGGAGUCAGGAAGUAGAGCACAGAAACUGUGACACUGAGACAUUUGGUUUCCUUGCCAGUCACUUAAUGAAUCCUUGAGGACUAGGGAAAUAAAUGCUAGACCACUGAAGAAUAGUGCAAGUGGAA